GCGGGGCCGGGAGGCGGUAGUGGCGUCCGUGCGCGCGCGCGGGUGCGAACGGGGAGCGCCGCGAGGGCCGUGGCGGGCUGUGCUGUGGGAACGACGGACGGCGACGAUGGCCGCGGCGGCGGGUGGCGGCGGGCCCGGGGCGGCCGCGGGAGCCGCGGGUGCGGGCGGCGCGGCGGCGGCGGCGGCGGCGGGUCUGGCUGUGUAUCGGCGGAAAGACGGGGGCCCGGCCGGCAAGUUCUGGGAGAGCCCGGAGACGGUGUCCCAGCUGGACUCGGUGCGGGUCUGGCUGGGCAAGCACUACAAGAAGUAUGUUCAUGCGGAUGCUCCUACCAACAAAACACUGGCUGGUCUGGUGGUGCAGCUGCUUCAGUUCCAGGAAGAUGCCUUUGGGAAGCAUGUCACUAACCCAGCUUUCACCAAGCUCCCUGCAAAAUGUUUCAUGGAUUUCAAAGCCGGAGGCACCUUGUGUCACAUUCUUGGGGCUGCUUACAAGUAUAAAAAUGAGCAGGGGUGGCGGAGGUUUGACCUACAAAAUCCAUCCCGAAUGGACCGGAAUGUUGAAAUGUUCAUGAAUAUUGAAAAAACAUUGGUGCAGAGUAAUUGUCUGACUAGACCCAACAUCUACCUCAUUCCAGACAUUGAUCUGAAGUUGACUAACAAAUUGAAAGAUAUCAUCAAACGCCAUCAGGGAACGUUUACUGAUGAGAAGUCUAAAGCUUCCCACCAUGUUUACCCAUAUCCUUCCUCCCAAGAGGAUGAAGAAUGGUUGAGACCAGUGAUGAGGAAAGACAAGCAGGUGUUAGUGCACUGGGGACUUUACCCAGACAGCUAUGAUACUUGGGUCCAUAGUAAUGAUGUUGAUGCAGAAAUUGAAGAUCCACCAAUUCCAGAAAAGCCAUGGAAGGUUCAUGCAAAAUGGAUUUUGGACACUGAUGUUUUCAAUGAAUGGAUGAAUGAGGAGGACUACGAGGUGGAUGAGAACAGGAAGCCUGUUAGUUUUCGUCAGCGCGUUUCAAUAAAGAAUGAAGAGCCAGUUCGAAGUCCAGAAAGAAGAGAUAGAAAAGCAUCAGCUAAUGUUAGAAAGAGAAAACAUUCACCUUCCCCUCCACCUCCCACACCCACAGAAUCUCGGAAGAAGAGCGGAAAGAAAGGCCAAGCUGGUCUUUAUGGUAAACGCAGAAAUCAGAAAGAAGAAGAUGAACAAGAAGAUCUGACCAAGGACAUGGAAGACCCAACUCCUGUGCCCAACAUAGAAGAAGUAGUGCUUCCAAAAAACGUGAACCCAAAGAAAGAUAGUGAAAAUACACCUGUCAAAGGAGGAACUGUAGCAGAUCUAGAUGAGCAGGAUGAAGAGACAGUCCCAACAGGAGGAAAGGAGGAAGAAGAUUCUGCCAAAGGUGAUCAGAGUCGUUCAGUUGAUCCUGGAGAAGAUAAUGUGACAGAGCAAACCAACCAUAUUAUUAUUCCUAGUUAUGCAUCUUGGUUUGAUUAUAAUUGUAUUCACGUGAUUGAGAGGCGUGCUCUUCCUGAGUUUUUCAAUGGGAAAAACAAAUCCAAGACCCCAGAAAUAUACUUGGCAUAUCGAAAUUUCAUGAUUGAUACUUAUCGCCUAAACCCCCAAGAGUAUUUAACCAGCACUGCCUGUCGGAGAAACUUGACUGGAGAUGUAUGUGCUGUGAUGAGGGUCCACGCCUUCCUAGAGCAGUGGGGGCUCGUCAAUUACCAAGUGGAUCCAGAAAGUCGACCCAUGGCAAUGGGGCCUCCACCCACUCCUCACUUCAAUGUACUAGCUGAUACCCCGUCUGGGCUUGUGCCUCUCCACCUGAGAUCACCUCAGGUCCCUGCGGCUCAGCAAAUGUUAAAUUUUCCCGAGAAGAACAAGGAAAAACCAAUAGAUUUACAAAACUUUGGUCUGCGUACUGACAUAUACUCUAAGAAAACCUUAGCAAAGAGUAAAGGUGCUAGUGCUGGAAGAGAAUGGACUGAACAGGAGACUCUUCUGCUCCUGGAGGCCCUGGAGAUGUACAAGGAUGAUUGGAAUAAAGUUUCAGAACAUGUUGGAAGUCGUACUCAGGACGAAUGUAUCCUCCAUUUUUUGAGACUUCCCAUUGAGGACCCAUACCUUGAGAAUUCAGACGCCUCCCUUGGGCCCCUGGCUUACCAGCCCGUCCCCUUCAGUCAGUCUGGAAAUCCCGUCAUGAGCACCGUGGCUUUUCUGGCUUCUGUGGUAGACCCUCGUGUGGCCUCUGCUGCAGCAAAAGCUGCUUUGGAGGAGUUUUCUCGGGUUCGGGAAGAAGUGCCACUGGAACUUGUUGAAGCUCAUGUCAAGAAGGUGCAGGAAGCAGCACGCGCCUCUGGGAAGGUAGAUCCCACAUACGGCCUGGAGAGCAGCUGCAUUGCCGGCACUGGGCCCGAGGAGCCAGAGAGACCUGAAGGAGCUGAAGAAGAAAAAAUGGAAACAGAUACAGAUGGUCAGCAGCCUGAAAAGGCAGAAAACAAAGUAGAAAAUGAAAUGGAUGAAAAUGAUAAAGCACAGGAUGGAGAAAAUGAAAAAACCAGUGAAAAAGAACAGGACAGCGAAGUCAGUGAGGACACCAAAUCCGAAGAAAAGGAGACUGAAGAGAACAAGGAACUCGCCGACGCCAGUAAAGACAAAGAAGACGGUGUCGGGAAGAAGAAAGUAGAGCAUGACAUCUCUGAAGGCAACGUAGCCACGGCUGCAGCAGCUGCUCUCGCCUCCGCUGCGACCAAAGCCAAGCACCUGGCUGCCGUGGAAGAGAGAAAGAUCAAGUCUCUGGUUGCUCUGUUGGUUGAGACACAAAUGAAGAAGCUGGAGAUUAAACUUCGACACUUUGAAGAGCUGGAGACUAUUAUGGAUAGAGAAAAGGAAGCUUUAGAACAGCAGCGACAGCAGUUGCUUACUGAACGCCAGAACUUCCACAUGGAGCAGCUGAAAUACGCGGAAUUGCGAGCUCGACAGCAAAUGGAGCAGCAGCAGCACGGGCAGAACCCACAGCAGGCACACCAGCACGCAGGGGGCCCCGGCAUGGCGCCACUCGGAGCAGCGGGGCACCCGGGCAUGAUGCCUCAUCAGCAGCCCCCUCCCUACCCUCUGAUGCACCACCAGAUGCCACCCCCUCACCCACCCCCACCAGGUCAGAUGCCAGGCCCAGGUUCCAUGAUGCCUGGGCAGCCCAUGCCAGGUCGGAUGAUUCCUACCGUUGCUGCCAACAUCCACUCCUCUGGGAGUGGCCCUGCCCCCCCUGGUAUGCCGCCAAUACCAGGAAACAUCUUGGGACCCCGGGUGCCUCUUGCAGCACCUAAUGGCAUGUAUCCCCCUCCGCCGCAGCCGCAGCCGCCGCAGCCGCAGCCACAGCCGCCACCGCCGCCUGCAGAUGGGCUCCCUCCGCCUCCUGCUUCAGGCCCGCCAGUCUCUGCUGCCCCUUAGCCCGGAAGACGCAGGGCCCAUCCACACCCAGUACCGCCUGCUGGAGUGGGAAUGGCAAGACUUGUUCCUCAGCUUCCUUGGGUUUCUUGCAGGAUUUUUGUUUUCACAGCCCCAAGUGUCCCCGGUCUCCCCGUUCCUCUUGCCCCCUUCAUACUUGUCAACUCCUGUUGGUCCUCAGCCAACACUCAAGGGGAUGCCUGUGGUGACAGUGGGCCAUGACCUCCCCAUCCUCAGACUGGGGUUCUGGCGUUUUGCCUGCAGGUCCUGUCAAUGUUAUUAUUCUCUAUCUCUAUUAUCUUGGCUCUCCCAGUUUUUUACUUUGUCUUAUGCUUCCAUAGGUAAUACUCUAUAAUCAUUAUCUUUAUUUUUGUUCCCUUUUGUCAUUUUUUGCUUUAACAGGGAGCACCCUGUUAAAAGAACCAAAAAUAGUGAUGGGCAGAGAGGGUAGCCAGAGGAGACAAACCUUGAGGCAUUACAAGUGACCUUACUUAAGCUUACCUGAGCAAAGAAUGGUGCUGACGGUGAAGUCUCGUGAGAAUUUUGCCACUUGUAGACACAGCGGAGUUAACGGAUACGGAAAGAGACCCCACUGGUUUUUGGUUUUCUUUGUUUUGAUCCCUAGUGAGCACAGUGAGGGCCUGCACCUGCCUGCACCUGCCUGGCAGAAUUUGCCCCUUUGAUGGGCGGGGAGAGCACAAGCGCUGGACAGAUCCUUUUCCUGCCCGGACCCACUGGUUCUGGUUUUCUAUGCAGAUGGUUUUAUUAUAUUCGUGUGGGUGUUUUGUUGUCCUGAGGGCAGUGUAAGCUUUGGGUUGGGACUUUGAGAGGCAUCCACUAGCUAGGAGACAUUUACCCCACUAGACACUGCUUUGUAUACACCUCCCCCCCUUAAAAUAGCCUUAUAAAGACCAAAAAAAAAGAAAAGAAAAGAAAGUUAAUCCUGAACAUUUUAGCUCAUGGAACAUCAUGGUGAGAUUAGUUGGCUAGGGCUUCAAGUCCCCAAACUACCUCGUGCAGCAGCCAGGGUAAAGAACUGAAUGAAGCGGUACUUUAGCUAUGGAGUGGAAUUGGGCAGUGUAGGGCAGGACCAGCAACCUCUUGUACUUUCUCUUCCUUCCUGAGAUCUCACAUUCCAUCUGUCACAGGGCUGUCCACGUAGUGCUGUGAGUGCCAGCAGACUCACUUGGCAGUCAGCAUCAGGCUCUGGGGUGUCCAGGUGUCAUGCUAAAUAGGAGGCCACUCCAGAGGGAGAGACACAAAGAUGCCUUAAUAUGAACCCAUUUCUAUACCUGUUGGCACUGAAUGACUUAAAAGUUCUUGCUUUGCUUGAUGACCUUCUCUCGUCCUCUGUGGGUGUGUUUGAUGGAGCUUAAUUUCCAAAGCCCCUGGCCUCUAUUGCACAUUCAAGUGGCAGUUUCAUGAUUUAGAAUGCAAGGUGGGAUAUUGCUUGGAUCCUUUUUUCUAUGGAUUCUAUAAAGCUUUACAUAAGAGAGGGUCUAGGGACAUUUGUAAAACAUCAUAGUUCCCCCCCCC